GAUGGGAGGCAUGGAAGAAAGCCCAUUUUUGGAAAACUAUGACCGUGAACCAAUGAAACUUCAAAAUUGUCGAUUCUGCCCUAAACAUUUUUAUCCUGAACAUAUAAAUGAACAAAAUAAACUGACAAAAGAUGCGAUACCUAUAUUGCAUUUAACUCCCACUGACGAUCUGUCUUAUGAUAUUAGUAAUCCGAGUGUGUCUUUACCAUCUAGUUUUUUAAUUGAUUCUCAGGCAGGUAAUGUGCAAUCACAUGGUGUCGACCCCGGGCCCUCUGGUAUACAACCUUUUUUAAUUGAUUCUCAGGCAGAUAAUGUUCAAUCACAUGGUGUCGACCCCGGGACCUCUGGUAUUCAACCUUUUUUAAUUGAUUCUCAGGCAGAUAAUGUGCAAUCACAUGGUGUCGACCCCGGGCCCUCUAGUAUACAACCUUCAUUGUUUUGUCAUGAAUGUGUUACACAAGAUUCUCACACUGUCCUGACUACCCCAGUUCGUACACAUUCUAAAGUGGUCCGUAGUCGUAGACAUGAUAUAGUUAGGAGAGUGCGCUUAUUGCCAUCGGAAGUAACACCCCGGAAAGAAAUUUUGCGUGAUAACAAUAAAAUGUUAAAAUCUAAGAUACGCUUGUGGAAAAGUAAGUACUAUAACAUAAAGCGCAAAUCCAAUCUAAUUAGUUGUCCUAAAACAUUACAAUUCAUCAAAAAAUAUAAAUCUUUGAACAAGUUUGGAAAGCUUUUAAUAGAUUCACAGCUCUGUUUAACAGGUGUGAAACCUCACGGCCGCAGAUACACCAGUGAUGAAAAAAUAUUUUCACUUUCUUUAUCAAAGUUAAGUCCAAAAUGUUAUGCUCAUUUGAGAAAAUUUUUUAUUCUACCAUCCAAGUCCACGCUAAAUUCAUUGUUGACUAAUGUCCCGUUGCGACCUGGAGUCAAUGAUUUUAUUUUUCAACAUGUGGCUGAUGCUGCCUUAGGCAAGUCAGAGAAAGAUAAACAAUGUGUUUUACUUUUUGAUGAAAUGGCCAUUAAUAAAAAUUUACAUUUUAAUUUUCACACUGGGGUAAUUGAGGGAUUUGAAGAUCUUGGCUCUGGACAAAGGAGUUCCAAUGUAGCAGACAAGGCAUUAGUAUUUAUGUUACAUGGCCUGUUUAGUAGAUGGAAAUUUCCAGUUACCUUUUAUUUUGCUAGAGAUGGAGUUAAAACAUUUACCUUAAAGAACAUUGUUAAAGAAAUAAUUAUUGCUGUUUUCAAAACUGGUUUUUUGUGUACGAGCCACUGUGAGUGAUCAAGGCUCGGCCAAUGUUGCAACCAUAAAAUCAUUGACAGCAGAUACUCAUGCUGAAUUAUUACAAAACAAUAGCACUGAUCCAAAUAACAUAUUCUAUAAGAUUAAUAACAAUGUGAUCUACCAUAUUUUUGAUGUGCCACAUUUAUUAAAAUGUUUUCGUAACAAUUUCCAGAAAAAGGAUCUCCUACUUGACGGACAACGAGCACGAGCCCAAUGGAACUUCUUGGAGCAGCUGUACAGAGUGGACGGCAGGGCAGGGAAAGCCCGCUCCAUCAUAUGACAAGAUGAAGGUCAAACUAGUAGCUCAGGUUUUCAGCAGACAGGUGGCCACGUCUCUGGAUCUAUACAUGAAGUCACUACUUUUUGUACAAGAAGAACACGGAUAUGCUGUACCUGGAGUGGACAUUGAAAAUGGUUUGUUCACAGCAGAACUUUUGCUAUUUAUGAAUGAUUUGUUCGAUAGUCUGAAUUGUUUUGGCCAUACUCGCGGUAAAUUGCAACAAGCUUUGACAUUAAAUUCCGAACACUUUUCUUUCUGGAAUAAUGCUGUGAAGAAAAUAAAUUCAAUGAGAUUUGAUGCCUCAGAUCCUAGGGAAAGUAACCCUAUUAGCCUUAAACAUUUUGUACACGACAUUAAAAGCAUUAAGCAUUUAUGGACUGAUUUGUCUAGAUUAGAGGGAGUGAAAUUCUUAAAUCUGAGACGUUUAAAUCAAGAUCCACUUGAAAAUUUUUUUGGGCAGAUUAGAGCUCAUGGUGGUUUCAAUACCAAUCCGGAUUGCACCCACUUUGUCUCAGCCUACAAAACGUUGUUGAUCAAUAACAUCUCAUCUGGAAAAUCAUUAUACACAAACUGCGCCACUGAUGGAUGAUGCAAUGUUAGGAACUUUGACAAAUUUGGUACCACGUAACAGACAGACAGUCUCUAACAAUAUCGAUUCCGAGGUAAUUGUGAAUUAAUAGACUCUAUCCCAUAAGAAAAUGUUAUGCAAACCAAUAGUGUGUCAUACAUCGCUGGUGCAAUUUGUCGCUGCCUGUUGCCUAAAUUGCAGUGUGUUGACUGCGACCUUUGUAAAGAUGCAUUGUUGUCUACAGAUGUUCAACCGUUUCACACGUUAAUUGCUAAUCGAGAAUAUAAUUUAGAAAAACAAACACUCUAUUAUCCUUCAAAAAACAUUAGUUCAUUAGUAUGGGAGAGUAUUUACUUAAUCGAUAAAUUUUUGCCACAAAUUUGCUAUGUUUACGUUUACCCAGAAUUACUCUCAAUUUUGCAGAAAAAUACUAAUACAGCUUGGUUUACCUGCUCGCGACACAAGAAAAAUUUUUUAACUGCUUUUUUCCUUUACGUUAUAAAAAUGCAAGGUAGACAAUGGUGCAUCAAUUUUAAUAGAAGAAUACACAAUGUUGAUUCGAGACCAAAGGCAGCAGAAACGGAAAACUUGAUCCAAAGUAAAGUCACCAAAGGUUUAAGUUAUAGAUCAACUAGAUUGCGCAGUUCUUAAUUUCUAUUUAAUUAUUUUUAUAUUUGUUGUUUAUUUUAUUGUUAUCAAGUUUGCCAUUUCGUUGAUUAUAGUACUUGAUUUUGUUAUCUCAAGAUUGUCGUAAAACUCAAUGAUAAAUGUUUUCACUCGAAGCGACACAACUUUUUCAUUUUAUUUUUUGUUCGACUUUGAGAGUAGUAGAGUCUUUGCAGUUCCAUUGUUGCUGCCCAUUCCGUCCC